UUGUUGUUGUUGAUCUAUCUUGUUUGCUUUCUAUUUCUAUUUUUGCUCAUCGUUCAUCUUUAUUAACGACGACAACGACUAAUUCAAAAUGCUUUCAUCGAUAUAAACGUUUUAAAAGCUUCAGAUAUUGUUACCUGCUGCUGCUGCUGCUUUUAUUGCUAAUGAUGGUAAUGGUGGUAAUGGUGGUGGUGGUGGGAGUUUUUCAAGUACGAAAAAACCGUCGAUUAAUGUUGCUACAAUCGAUGAUAAAAUGAUGAUGAUUGAUCGAUUUAAAAAAUCAUCUGUAUCAUUUUCAUUGUCAUCAACAACAUCGACAUCAACACCACCGAAGAUGGUGACAUCAAUGAAAAAAAUUUUGAAUAAAAAAAAUUUAACAAAAAACAAAUCAAAACCAAUAUCAUCGAUAAAUCGUUUACCAAUGAAUAAUACAUUUACAACGUUUAUUUCAAAUUCAAAUAUACCAAUAACGAAUCCGAACGAUUCUUCUGGUUUUCAACUUGCUUUGGAUAAGGAAACAUUAUCGAUGACGACGGAAACAUCCGAAUUGACCAAGCCUAAUAUCGUAGUAAAACAAAUGUCGUUGUCACACAACAAAAACAACGAUAAUGAUGAUCGAAAAUCGGAUGACAAUUAUGAUCAACAUGAAAAUGAUACAACAACAGCAACAACAGUAGACGUUCUUGCAUUAUUGCCAGAAGGUAAUGUCGAUGAUGAUGAUGAAUUAGAUCACGAAGAAGAAGACGACGACGACGACGAUGAUGAUGAUGAUGGUAGAGAAAUUGCCUAUGAAGUUGAUGCUGAUGAUGAACAAAGUAAUGAUAUGCUUGACGAUAAUACCGAUGAUGAAGAGGAAGAUGAAGAUGAUGAUGGUCCUAAAUCUACAAGUCCUGGACCAGUAGCAGCUGGUUCAAUAGUCACUAAAAUUGAUCCAUCAACCAAAUCAAUGGUUCAAGUAAUUUCAAUUAUGAAAAAUCAUUCUCAUACUCAUCAACAAAAGAAUCAGAAUCAACAACAACAACAACAACAACCAAAAACAAUUACAUCGUUUAUUAAUCAAAAAAUGUUGAAAGACGAAAUCAUGAGACCGGCUGAAUCCGAAGAUUCAGCUGCCGAUGUUAGUUAUGAACGUACUAGUGAUCUUGCUGAAUCUGAUGAUCUAGAAGGAGAAGAAGAAGAAGAAGAUGCAACAACGACAACACUUACUACGGUUGAUACAAAUAAUGUGAAUAAUUUGGAUUCCGUGAAAGAAUUGUCAUAUGAUCAACGAUUCAGAAUGACACAGACAAUUUGGUAUCUGCCACAUAUAAAUCGUGCUACGGUCGUUCAUUAUCUUCAGGGCAAAAAUGUCGGUGUUUUCAUUGUUCGACAAUCAAGUAAACCGAAUACAAUGGCUGUAUCCGUACGAUUACCACAAGGACGUGGUCCACAUGUUGAACAUUAUCUUAUUGAGAAAAUUACCAAAGCACCAGUAUCAUCAUCAACGACAAAAUCAUCAUCGACAUCGUCAGUUUUUCGUUUAGAAGGAUCUGAACAUUAUUUCAAUUCAAUUCUACAGCUAGUUAUCCAUUAUUCACAAUGUCAAGAUGAAUUACCUGUUCAAUUAAAUUUGCCAUCGGUUUUAUUAAAUUCUGGCCGUAGUCAAUUAACAUCAUUAGCAUUGCUUGGUCAAGAAUUUUGGCAAUCAAAAUUUGUUUCGUUGAAACAAUUGCCAAAAAAUUCUCUUAACAAUGAAACAUUGGCUAUGAUUAAUCAAAAUCAGAAUCAACAACAAGAACCACCACCUCAACAACAACAACAACAACAACCUACAAAACAUUACAAUCGACAAAAAGCUCGACGCCAUAAUUCCAAUUCUAGUGAAUCGAAUCAAUCAAAAUCAUCUAUGUCAAUGUCACCGAUGCCACCGCCGUCAAUUUCAAUUCGUUCACGUCGAAAUACCUCAGAUUCAGCAUCACCUACAACUAUGCCAUCACAAUCAAAUGCUGUUUCACCGACACCGCCACCUUUACCUCCUAAAAAUCUUUCAAUGACAUGUGGUGGUGAUCAUCAAUCAAACAGUCCAUUGAUGAUGAUUAAUCCGACAAAAACUAUCAAUGAAGAUUCAAUAUCAUCACCAAUAACAGCAACAGCAAAUACGACUACAAUCGUUGAAGUGCAUAAUAAUCCUACAAUCAAAAAUCAUAAUCAUCAAAAUAAUUUGCCUAAACUACCACCAAGAAUACCAAAUUAUGUGCCUCCACCGAUUCCACCUCGUAAUCGUAAUUCACCAAAUGGUGGUGGUUCAACAACACCGCCUCCAUUGCCUGCAAAUGGUCCACCAUUAUCGAGUCUACGUACGAAAAAACCUUAUCAAUCAAAUCAACAAUCGAAACCGGCGGCAUUACAGGAUCUACUCAGUCCAAUGUCAAUGACUGAAUCAGAGAUUGAAAUGGCUAAAUUUUCUUUAACACAUAAAAUUACACCAAAUAUUUUGGAAGUAGAAGAAUACAACGACGAUGAUGAUGAAAUUUCCAAUAAUUUAUCUCUACAAUACAGAAAUUAUUACAAUCAAAUGAUUCAGGCACCACAACAUCACCAUACAUCAUCAUUGUCACCUGUACCGAUCAUGAUCGGUGAAGAGGAAAUAAAAAAUCAACAAACACCAUCACCUGCACCAUUACCACCACAACAUUCACUAGCGGCCGUUACGGAAUUACAGCCAUCAAUCGAUGCUCAGCAACCACCACCGCCACCAUCAUCAUCGAUAAAAUGUGAUGUAUGCACACAAACUUAUGAUACAAAUAAACAAUUAUUAUUGACACCAAACCAAUCACAAAUGGGUCGAAUCACACGUGCCAAUUCAUCAUUAUCAUGUUUUUAUAUGGAUCCCAUCGAUGCUUUGGUUGCUAUUCAUCAACAGCAUCAACAACCAAAACGACAUUCGGAUCCAGAAUUGGCUAGUAAUAGUCAAAAUACUAUGGAUAUGGAAUCUUCUUCAUUGAAUCCAACAACGUUUACGAUGAGUCAUUCAUUGGAAAGUUUAUUGGAAAAUUUUCGUAAUCGUUUUGCCACCGCCGUCAGUGGUUCAGAUUUAAAUUCAAUACGAGAAACAUUGAUGAAUGAACGACGUAAUCAAUUUAUUCAUCAUCAUCAUCAUCAGCAGCAGAAUCAAGGAUUGAAAUCUUUCAAUCCGAAACAUGAUACUGCGUUCUCCACACUCGAUAGUGCUUGGCAAUGGCAUUCUGGUAUUGGUGGUGGUGAUCAAUGUCACCACAAUGGUCGUAUUCAUCGUUCGAUACAAAAUCAAUUGGCUAUGAAAAUGUCAUUAGCUCAGCUUGAACAUCUGAAACGUUCGAGUAUCACAACAAAUGGUUCAAUGAAAAGUGAUAUCACCACGGUGGAAGAUUUGAUUAGUGCUAAAGCACCAGAAUUAGCUGUACCAAAAAUCACACAUAUUGAUUCGAUGAAUUUGAUUAAUAAAAAACAUCGUCAACAGCAACAACCACUGCAACAAGACAGUUCGGAUCGUGAACGUAAACUAACGGCCAAAUCGGUUGCUACCGAUGUUUGUACUGAAUUUUCUGAACCAUGGAAUAUGGAUGUGGUUGAAUCACUGUUCAUUUCCGAACUACAUCAUGGUGGUGGUCAAUCGUCCACAAAUCAUUGUGGAUUAGAUUUAGAUGAUGAUGAUUCUACGAAUUCAACUAGACAAUUACUUAACAAUGAUCUCAUUAAUUUUAAUUCAUUUUUAUUGAAUCAAGAACAACAUCCACAUGGUUUAGUAGUGCCACAAACAAAUGAAGAUGAUUAUGAUAGUGUUGCUGAAGAUGAAUCUGAUGAACAAACAUUGAAUGGACAUUUCAUUAAACGAGAUGAUAGUGAAAUUACAUUGAAAGAAAAAAAUCCACAACAGCCACGAAAUUCAUCAUCGUCUACGGAUGAUGGUAUCAAAUUGAAUAUUGCUUACAAUAUUAGCAAUUAUGUAUUUGAAUUGGCUGCACGAAAAGAUAAUACUUUUGCUAAAUCGAUUGAUAAUUUUAUUGAAUGUACGAAAGAAACGACUGAUCCAAAUCCUAGCGUGAUCCUUGGCUACGUUAGACAAUUUAUGAAUGGAAUGAAAAAUUAUCUAAUCAAACAUGGUGAAGGUGAUUUUAUUAAAAUUGUCCAAAAUGAACGAAGUCGAUUGAAACCGAAUCAAUUUUUAAAUAUUGAUUCAAUACUUGAAGUUUCAUUGCAAAAAUUAAUCAUUAAACCAUUGAAGAAUUUUCUAUACGAAUUAUUCAUUCGUUCACAUACAAUGUCUGGUUCAUUGAAAAUUUUAUCCACCAACAUUAAAUUGGCACAAAAUAAAACGCCCGAAGAGCUGGGAAUCCGUACGGAAUUAUUGCCAAUUGAUCCAAGAAUUAUGGCCGAAAUACAGAAAAAUUUACGACGAUUACAGCAAUCUUAUUCGCCGAUAAAAAAAUUAGAACAUUUAUUACGUUGUAUAGCCAUAUUGAAUGGAAAUUAUAAAGAAAAAAUAACAUCGAAAUGUAGUAGUGAUAAACAAUCGAAAUAUAAUCGAGCUUUCAGUGGUGAUGAUUUAUUACCCAUGUUGGUCUAUCUAAUUGUUCAUUGUGGUGUAAUUUCAGCGGAAAUUGAAUCCGAAUAUAUGCUUGGAUUGUUGCAUCCAUCCAUUCUGAAUGGCGAAGGUAGCUACUAUUUAACGGUUUUAUCAAGCGCAAUACAAGUGCUGAAAACAAUGUAUACAGCUGAUAAUGCUCGAGCAUUGGAAGAUAUUAUCACAUUGAAUGGUGUUGGUGGUGGUGGUCAAUCAAUGUUUUCAAUGUUGAAAGCACAGCCAUCAGAAAAUCUUCAAAGACAAAUGAAUUCAUCUACGACUAAUGGUGGUGGAGCGAUGAUAUCAUCGGGUUCUACAUGUGCACCAUUAGCAUUGCCUUCGAUAGCCAAUAUGCAAGCAUAUAUGAAGAUUAUGAUACCAAACGAGCUUACAUCAAGUAUCACUUGUAAAACUGUACCAGUUCGACAUAAUAUGACAACGAAAGAAGUUUGUCGUAUGAUUGCGCAUACAUUUCGUAUAACGAAUCCAGAAGAUUAUUCGUUAUAUCGUAUCAAAGAAAAUGGUCUGGAAGAAAUUCAACUAUUGGACAAUGAAUAUCCACAGGUGAUAAAAUCAGAAUUGAUGGCACGAAAUGAAUCCACUAUGUUUGCCUAUAAACGUUGUGAUGCUAAAUUUAUUUGGCCAAUCACUAGCCCAAAUUGAGUCAUCUUCAUUCAUUGCUGUUUUUAUUACUUUUUAUUUUUUCAAUUCUCUCAACUUCAUUAUUCACUCAAUUACUCAUUCAUCAUCAUUAAACAAUUGUAAUUAAAAUGACAAACAGAAAAAAA